AUGGCUGAGAUCGUCAGUUCUGCAGUUAUCCAGGAGUCAUUUAGCCAAAUACUAUCUGGCCUGGUUAAAAAAUAUGAGGAGAAAGAGGAAAUAAAUGGAAUGAGAAACAUAGAGAGGCUAGAGAUGGCACACAUCAGGCUGGAAGCUGCUCUUGAGACUUCUAAUAAAUGGCAGAUCACUGAUACAUCCGUGUUGCGUUGGCAGAAGAAGCUGAAGCGUGCUGCACAAGAGUGUGAUGAGAAACUGCACAAACAUAAGCAGAGAAUCCUCGAAGAAGAACGUAGGGAACAGGAGGUAAGGAAUUCCUCCAUUCCUAAACGGAUGGGACAUGCUACCAAGUCAUUUGUUUUCUCCAUCUUUAACCGCAACACUGAUGAGUUGAACCCCUCUGUUGUUAAACGAUUUGAGUGGUAUGCAGAUGGUGCUAGUGAAUUCCUGAGAUUCAUAGAGCUUGGUGGCACACCACUUUGUCACGUCAUGCCCUUUGGCGCCCUUAUCAAGAAUCUUUUGGCAGGUAAGGAACUUCACCAUAAAAUUGUUCGAGGAGGCCAACAGCAUUACAAGUGUCAACUAUGGUUGAUCCCCUUUAGUACUGCAGAGCAAGGAACAGAGGUUUUCCUAAUAUUUAUAAAGAAAGAUGGUACAACAGAGGGUAAUAUCUUCUUUAGUAUGAUAGUACAGAUUUCAGAGAGUACAGACAUAGUUGGGAUUGCAGUUAGGAGUUUGCAGUCGUUUGCCCCUCAUGUCAAAUUUAUAGUUGAAACUAUUACCAACGAACUUACUCAACUACCUACUCAAGACUUCUCAUGGGUGCCAUUUGCCUAUUCAUACCACAGAGAACAUUUGUACAACCUUCACAACUUUGCAUCUCAAUGGUUUCGCUUGAACCCGUCAUGUUGCAAGCAGCAACAACAACAUGAGGUUCCAUAUUUUAGCAACUUAAACGCAGGAUUAUCGGAUGUUUCGCUAGAACCAAGAAUUGAAUUUAAUUUGCGUUGGCUGGUGUCACAUUCAGUUUAUAUCCAGCGAAAGACCUCACUGUCUGAAGGCACAAUGUCUCUGCAAAAUUCUCCAUAUCUAAAAGCUGGAAUUGCUUUUGCACCCCAUGGCUCUUCCGAAGACAUGCUACCAAAGGAAUAA